AUGGGCAAGGUGAUGUUGAGCUUGAUCAGCGUGGAAAUACUGGGCGUAAUCAUGCUGGGUAUGGCAAUACUGUGCGUGAAGAUUCCGGACGUGACGGUAGCGUGCGUGGAAAUAGUGUGCGUGACGGUAGCGUGCGUGGCGGUAGCGCGGCGUGGAAAUAGCGGGCAUGUCCAAGGUCGUAGCCGUAUCCAUGUUGGUCGUCGUGACGAUAGUGCUUGGCGUGAGCGUGGUGUUCUGGAUGAUAUUUCAGAUCGGAGUCGUCGUCGAAGAGGGACAACACCCAUCGUUUUAUACGACGAAAACUCAACUGAAGAGCACAAAUCCAAUCCAAGCAGAAUACAUCAACAUCCACGAACAUCAGUGUCAUCGCAACAACAGCGUCAGCGUCUACAGGAGCAGCAACGAAAACGCCGUCGUGACAAGUAUGCUACGAGGCGAGAUAGAUAA